AUUGGACCGAUAUGCAGUCACGUCAUCCUUACUUCAUGCUGAUUGGUCAACAGUCCCAGAGAGGGCGGGGCCUGUCACAGCAACAGCUUGUUGAGGAAGUGGAGGCAGCGCGCGCAGGUGGCGAUGCUGUGACAUCACACGGCCAGUGUCCAAUGACAGCGCUCGGAUCAUGGCUGCGUGUGGGACGCCACGCAGGACGGACCAAUGAGGAGGAAGAACAGCCAUGACGGACAGGGGCAGGGCGGGACAGGAGAUCAGGGGACGAGGAGAGGGGACAGAGGGCAGGCGGGGGUGAGACAGGCAGAGAGGGGGGAGACAGGAGGGGAGACAGGUGGGGGGUCCUCCCUGCCUGUCUUCCUGUUCCCCUCUGAGCUUCUGUUCCACCCAGCAGAGACCGCCUCCCACCGCCGCGUGUUAACCCUUUACAACCCGUACAACUUCAGCCUGAGCUUCAAGAUGUUGUGCACAGCUCCGUCUCUGUACCGGGUGGUGGAGUCUGAGGGCAGCGUCAGAGCCAAGUCUUGUGUGGACCUGGUGGUGCGUCACCUGGACGUCUCCCCCCGACACUGGGGCCGCAGGGACUGCUUCCGCCUGGAGGUGAGAGGAGGAGGACAGAUGGGAGGACGCGAGGUCUGGGCCGAGCUGAGAGGAGGAGAGGAGGGAGGAGGAGGAGGAGGGGAGGCAGAGGAGGAGAGGAGGAGGAGGAAACGAGGAGGAGAGGAGAGGAGGGUAGGAGGCCAGCAGAGGGCGUCGUCUCCUCAGACUCCUCUGUCUCCUCUGCUGGUGCCCACAAACUCACACCUGCCACUGCCCACCUGUCCCGCUGUGCGCAGUGUGUCUCAGUGGGUGGUGUGUGUUUCCGUGGCGGUGCUGUGUGUCACCGUGUUGAUGCUCCCCCUCCACACUGAGAGCAGCUCAGUGGUUCCACGUUGUCUCCACGUCUCCACCAAUCAGAAGCUGGUCUGCGCCUACACACUAGGUCUGCUGACGAUGGUGUUCCUACGGUAACCCGGUUGACGGCCUUGGCCCUGCUGACCUUUGACCUCCGUGUUGUGCUUCAGACACACACAGACUGUCCUCAUGAACUUAACGCACACACACACACACACACACACACACACACACACACAUGAAUGUAGUUUAAUGAGGAGGUGAUGUUGUGCAGGAUUAAAAACUUUAUUUAAAACUGGGAACAGAACGACGCUGAGGAUCAGCUCUCCUGAUUUCAUGUUUAUCUUUGCUUUCAGCUUUUCAUCUCAAUAAACAACGUCUGACCUUCA